AUGUCAGCGAGCGAUUCUCACGCGCACCCCGAAGCGAUUAUCGACGACGCAUCCAUAUCGCCAGCAUCGGCAUCCGCUUGGUCCGGAGACACCAAAGCAGAGACACCCUCCAGGCCGGAACUAUCCCUCAAGAAACGAUUUACAAGCACAUGGGCGAGGAAACAAAGCAAAAGCAGUGAUGGCGAUGGGGAAGAAGGCACACGUGGGCCACUUGGGCUGCGACUAUUGCAUUACUCUCCGGAGCCUAUGAUUGACUUGAUCUUCGUGCAUGGGCUGCGAGGUGGCUCGAUCAAGACGUGGAGGAAAGGAGACGACCCACGAAACUACUGGCCUCAGCUUUGGCUUCCACUGGAACCAGGUUUGGAACAUGCAAAUAUCCAUAGCUUCGGGUACGAUUCAGACUGGGCGAGUACGAAGUCGAGCGUUCUAAACAUCCACGACUUUGGCCAGACAUUACUGGAGCAAAUGAGGAACUCCCCAUACUUGAGAGACAAUGGGAACGGACCGAUUCUGCUUGUCGGACACUCUAUGGGGGGUUUGGUUGUUAAGAAAGCUUGCAUUCUAGCCAGAGAUGUGCCAGAGUUCCAUGAACGCAUCCGAUGCAUUUUCUUCUUGGCUACCCCUCACAGAGGAUCCGACUAUGCUGCAUUGUUGAACAAUAUACUGACCGUGUCCGGAGUUCUGUCCCCACGUCACUAUAUCACCGACCUCAUGACUGGAUCCACCUCGGCUCAACUCAUCAACGAAGAUUUUGUAAUGACGACCAAGAUCAAAGACUCAAAUGAUCAGAUGAACAUUUUGAAGACAUAUUUGUGUAUUUCGGACAGCUCAGACGAGAAUUAUCCACGAGUCGAGGGGUCAUGCCAAUGGAUCGACGACCGAGAAGAUUUCCAAGAGUGGCGAGACUCAGCCGCGGCAUACCUCAAAGAUGACGCUCCCACACCGGCGAAGAAUCCUUCCGUACUUUGGGUCACUGCGAAUCCUGGAACCGGAAAGACGUUUCUUGCGGCACAUGUUGUGGAAGAACUUACACAAUUCCAGCUCGAGUGCGCUUCCUAUUACUUUCACGCUGGCAACAAAACCGCGCAGACACUUGGAAGCUUCAUGAGAUCGAUUGCUUAUCAAAUGGCUGCCUCGAAUUCAUCAGUACGGGAGAAACUUCUCGCACUUUAUAAUGAAGGAUCAACAUUCGACAAAGAUGAUGCCGGGACAAUUUGGACGAAACUGUUCAAGAGAGGAAUCCUUCAGGUACGUACAAGCAGAUUCAUGGGGCUGUCCUCCGCUUACAGAGAUGAUUUACGCAUCAAGGCUCGGGUACGCACGCCACAAUAUUGGGUUAUCGACGCUAUAGAUGAAUGCAGCAAAUACCAGGAACUUUUUACCCUGAUCAAGGGCAUUCAGCCUUCCUUCCCACUUCAAAUAUUUAUAACGAGUAGGAAGUUGUCCGACAUGCAACAUUUGAUUCGAUCAUUGGAGCCGUCCAUGUUAGUGAAUACCAUCGGAAUAGAGACAGAGGACAGCAUUGGGGAUAUUGAAUCCUAUAUACAAUACCGCACACGGGACCGACCUAUCAGUACUAUCGAGGGCCAAGAAGACCUAGUUGAUAUCUUGUUGAGGAGGUCGAAUGCCUGCUUUCUUUGGGUGAGACUCGUACUGGAUGAGCUUGAACAGGUCUACUCCAACGAAAGUGUUCUUGAGGUUCUUCAUAAUAUCCCGGAAGGAAUGAUUCCAUACUAUGAGAGGACGAUUGGAUCAAUGGCCGAGAAGAAACGCGAAAAGCACAUCGCCAAAGCUGUGCUUCUCUGGGUUGUGGCAAGUUCACGGAAACUUGUCAUCUCAGAGCUCUCCCAUGCGCUGAAACUGGAUAUCAAUGCCGUCCUCCCGAGCGCCAGGAGCGCUGUCGAGGGCCUUUGUGGCCAGCUGGUAUCCGUCGACCACAGUAACGGCCUGGUUGACCUUGUUCAUCCCACUGUACGAGAGUUUCUUCUCUCGGAGGCUGCAGCCGAGUUCAGUCUCUCAAGACCUCGAGCUCACGAACGGAUCGCCCUUACAUGCCUACAACUUCUAUGCUCACCCGAGUUACAACCUCCACGGAGCCAACGUCAACUAUCUUCCCAGAGUGUGAGAAGCAAAGAAUCAUCGCCUCUCUUGGACUACGCCAUAACACAGUUCUCGGAGCAUGUUUGCAUGGCCUCGUCCGAGACAGAUGAGCUUCUGCUUUCCCUUGACCGCUUUUUCAGAACCACAGUACUUUCAUGGAUUGAGAAGAUUGCUCGCAAAGGAGAUCUUCACCCACUUAUUCGAGUAUCCCGAAACCUCAAGAGCUACCUCAAUCGACGGGCGAAGUACAGAUCUCCAUUGAAUAUCCAAGUUCAGAACCUUGAAAGCUGGUCAACAGACUUGAGCAGGAUCACGACAAAGUUCGGGACCGCCCUUUUGGAAAAUCCGGGCUCUAUUUACUUCCUAAUCCCGCCCCUCUGUCCGUCCACUUCCGCCAUCUAUCAGCGCUUUGCUAAGCGGCCAGAUGGACUAAUGGUAGUUGGAGACAUUGAAAAUGCGUGGGAUGACUGCAUUGCAUCUAUUACGUUUAGCAAAGACACCAUCGCUGCGGCCGUAUCUUGCGGAGAACGCACGAUAGCAGUUGGCAUGGAGUCAGGUGAGAUAGAGCUAUAUGACCAGCGCAGCUACCAGAAAGUUGGCCUCAUCCAAGGCAAGCACCCAGUUGAUCUCGUACAUCUCAUGGAUAAUUGCAUCGUGGCAUGUACGACAAAGGCCAUCAUCCUCAUGGACAGAUCAGGAAAUAUUGCGUGGCAAACAAGACUGAGGUUCCGAUGCAUUCUUCUCACAUCGACCCCUGAAGCCAUCAUAGCUGUGUCGCAGCAUGGUCACGUGCUUAAAUGGGACAUUUCGACCGGUUCACUCCUCGAAGAUCAGGUUUUCACAUACAGGAGUCCUGACGACGAAACCGAAGUCAUAACCCAGAUCAAAGCUCCUCAUGUAGCGACAUUGUCACCAGACGUGGAGCUGCUCGCUCUGGGUUAUAGGUGGGGUACAGUGUGUAUGUGGGAAGUGUCAAGUGGUGAUUUAAUCUGCUGGGCACGAGAUGACGAAAACAGGCUGGUCUCAGUCUUGAUAUUCAACCCAAACCCCAGCAUCAAUCUUCUGCUUGUCAUCUUCAGGGACCAUGAAUUGGCACUAUAUGAUACGUGGUCCGGUGGCCUGGUCACCUCACAGGCGUCGCCAAGUUGUGUCGGAGUACUUUCUGCUACCUGUUCGCUUGAUGGAAGAACGCUGGCAACAAUGGAUCCCCAAGGCAUCUUGCAGAUUUGGGACUUUGAGUCUUUGAACCUCCUAUAUCACGUCUCAACACCAUCCACGUCCUUUCGUAUCCUCAAUUUCACUUCGGACGGCACAGGAGUGGUGGAUAUCAUCGAUUCCGGCAUGUCUGUGUGGUCACCCGCGGCACUUGUUCGCAAGACCAACGAAGAAGAUCAAAGCGUUAGCGAGGAUGCCAUCAAUCUGCCUCCUAUAGAGGGUGAGUAUGAGAUGCAAAGAACCUCAAGGAUAUCAGCAUUAUGCGCCCACCCUUUGCUCCCCCUUGUCUUUGCUGGAAAACAGGACGGACAGGUCUCGGUUUUCAGCACAAGGACGGGAGAACAGAUGGCGGGCUUGUAUGUUCAUGACCACUCAGCGUCAAUUAUGGAGAUCUCUGUGAGUAAGAGCAACAUACUUGCAUCACGAGACAUCGACGGCGUCGUGCAAGUGUGGCAUCUAGGAUCUGGGCAACUUUCGACGCUGGAUUCCAGAUCCAUGAUUUUCCAAGUAAAGCUUUCGGCCCAGGUCAUGCAAAUCUGUUUCACAGGCCUCGAAGACCAUCUUCUCAUCUCGGCGGAGACAGUUGACAAACUAUUUCACAUCAGAGACGGGCAAUGCGUUGGGUCUCUGCACUUCGCCCCCGGAGAGAGGAGGAUUUGGCGUUGGUUCCCAGCGACCACUUCAGGGCAGAAGGACGAGCUAUUCUUGUUGAGAGACAAAAUUCUGCUGAAGUACGAUGUCCCGAACUUCUCUUCAGAGGUUGGUCGUUCCAAAGUCCAGUUGUGCUUCAAUGUGGAAGACGGGACUGAGUUGACGGCUAUUGCCGGAGCCGCCAUCAUUCCAAACACGCAGACCCUAGCUGUCGAUGUCCGCCACAGCUCAGGUUUUAUAUCGUCCUCAACCAUGUUCCUGUUCGAAAUAAAAGACACGGAUAUCUUGAAGCCAUCGGAAAAUCAGCUUCAAAUAAGUUCAACGAGCUUGGAGCUUUCCAAGAUUUGCAAAUACCUCAUCGGUAUCAAUGAACGCGCACAGACGGUCACAUUCCUACACCAGAACUCAUGGAUUUGCAGCAUCGAAGCUGGGAAUUUAUCAAAAGGACGCUUCAGUCAGCACUUCUUCGUUCCUACCGAGUAUAUCUCGGCCAGGAACCAAGUUCUGCCGGUGAGGACAGUUGAGAAUGGCAUCGUCUUCUGCCUCAAUGGAGGGCUGGCUAUAGUGAAGAAUGGGUUCAACUUCCGAGAUAUUAGAGAGGUUGGAAACUGA